AUGCGUGGCCGACAGCUGAAGAGAUUUGUUGCUUUUUGGACAUUAGUUUUCAUAAGGAUCGUUGCUGGGCUUGCCGGAGAGGGAAGAUCUGUGUGGAAAAAGGACCCCAACUCCAGUCCUGUGAGUGAAACACAGAUGUUUUUGUAUGACACUUUCCCCACAGAGUUUCUCUGGGGCGUAGGGACAGGGGCAUUCCAGGUGGAAGGCAGCUGGAGGAAGGACGAGCGAGGACCCUCCAUCUGGGACCGCUUCAUCCACGCGGAGCUCAAAGACACUGACAGCACAGAUGUUUCCAGUGACAGCUACACCUUGCUGGACAAAGAUGUGUCAGCUCUGGAUUUUUUAGGAGUUACCUUUUACCAGUUUUCAAUCUCAUGGUCAAGGCUUUUUCCCACUGGAGUGGUAGCAGCUCCUAACAAAAGAGGACUCCAGUACUAUAACACCCUUAUUGACUCUCUGAUCUACAGAAAUAUUGACCCUGUGGUUACCCUGUACCACUGGGACCUGCCCUUGACACUGCAAGAACAAUAUGGGGGAUGGAAAAAUGAAUCGGUCAUUGAUAUCUUCAAUGAUUAUGCCACCUUUUGCUUCCAGACCUUUGGGGAUCGUGUUAAAUAUUGGAUUACCAUCCACAAUCCUUAUUUAGUUGCUUGGCAUGGGUAUGGCACAGGUAUUCAUGCUCCUGGAGAGAAAGGGAAAAUAACCACUGUCUACGCUGUAGGACACAAUUUGAUCAAGGCUCAUGCAAAAGUCUGGCAUAACUACAAGAAACACUUUCAACCGUAUCAGAAGGGACUGAUGUCCAUAGUCUUGGGAUCCCACUGGAUCGAACCCAACAGAUCGGAAGACACUUUGGACAUUUCUAAAUGCCAGCAGUCUGUGGAGAGAGUGCUUGGAUGGUUUGCUAAACCCAUCCAUGGGGACGGCGAUUAUCCAGAAGAUCUGAAAAAUGAAUCUUUUUUGCCACGCUUUACUGAGGAUGAAAAAAAGUACAUAAAAGGAACGGCUGACUUCUUUGCAUUUUCCUUUGGUCCCAACAACUUCAAACCUCCGAACACUCUACCAAAAAUGGGACAAAACUUGUCGCUCAAUUUGAGGGAAGUACUGAACUGGAUUAAACUGGAAUACGACAGUCCUCGGAUCUUCAUUGCAGAGAACGGCUGGUUCACUGACAGCCAUGUGAAAACCGAUGACACCACUGCCAUCUACAUGAUGAAAAACUUCAUAAAUAAGGUGUUGCAAGCUAUUAAAUAUGACAACAUAGAUGUGUUCGGUUACACAGCCUGGUCACUCCUUGAUGGCUUUGAAUGGCAACAUGCCUACAAAAUCCGGCGUGGAUUAUUUUAUGUGGAUUUCAAAAGUGAAAAAAAGGAACGGAUUCCCAAGUCAUCUGCACUUUAUUAUAAACAAAUCAUACAGGAAAAUGGCUUCUUCCCAAGAGAGUCUACACCAAAUGUUCAAGCUCAGUUUUCCUGUGACUUCUCCUGGGGUAUCACUGAGUCUGUUCUCAAGGCAGAGUCCGUGGCAUCCUCACCCCAGUUCUGUGAUCCAAACCUCUACCUGUGGAACAUCACGGGAGAUGGGCUCCUGCAUAAAGUGGAAGGAGUGAAGCUAAAAACCCGGCCGGCACAGUGUACGGAUUUUGUCAGUAUUAAAAAGCAACUUGACCUCCUGGAAAAAAUGAAAGUCACCCACUACAGAUUUGCACUUGACUGGUCACUGAUUUUACCCAAUGGAGAUUUGUCAGUGGUCAACAGACAGGUGCUGAGGUAUUACAGAUGCGUGAUUAGUGAAGUGCUAAAACUCAACAUCCAUUCUAUGGUCACCCUGUACUACCCAACACACGCCUACCUGGGCCUGCCGGGCCCUUUGCUGCACACAGGAGGGUGGCUCAACCAGUCUACAGCCUACGCUUUUCAAGACUACGCGGCUUUAUGCUUUCAGGAACUUGGUGAUUUGGUUAAACUCUGGAUUACAAUAAAUGAGCCUAACCGACUCAGCGAUGUCUACAACAGGAGCAGCAGCGAUACAUACCAGGCAGCACACAAUUUACUAAUAGCGCAUGCCAUGGCCUGGAGAACAUAUGAUGAGCAGUACCGGUCCUUCCAGCACGGCAAAGUGUCCCUGUCCCUGCACUCAGAUUGGGCCGAGCCUGCCAACCCCUACUUUGAGUCCCACACCAAAGCUGCCAACAGGUUCCUUCAGUUUGAAAUAGGCUGGUUUGCCGACCCCAUAUUUAAGACUGGAGACUAUCCAGCUACGAUGAGGGAAUACAUCCACUUUAAAAACACAAAAGGCCUCUCACACUCUUCACUGCCAUCUUUCACAAGUGAGGAAAGAAAGCUCAUUAAAGGCGCAGCUGACUUCUACGCACUGAAUCACUUCACCACACGAUUUGUGAUUCAUGAGCCCCAGAACGGGAGCCAGUAUGAGUUUGACCGUGACAUCCAGUUCCUGCAGGACAUCACCUGCCUGAGCUCCCCUUCCCGGCUGGCAGUGGUGCCCUGGGGAGUGCGCAAGGUUCUGAAGUGGAUUAAAAGAACCUAUGGUGACAUAGAUAUCUACAUCACAGCAAACGGAAUAGAUGACCAGUCCUUGGACAAUGAUGAGCUUCGGAACUAUUACUUAGAAAAAUACGUACAAGAGGUUUUAAAAGCAUACUACAUUGACAAAGUCAAGAUUAGAGGCUACUACGCAUUUAAACUGACCGAAGAAAAAUCUAAGCCCAGAUUUGGAUUCUUCACUUCUGACUCAAAAGGAAAGCCUUCAAUAAAAUUUUACAAUAACCUGAUAAGCAAUAAUGGCUUUCCUGCUGACUACUCUGUCUGUGAUCCAUCCAACAGUGACAAGCAGUGUAGCUUUUGUUUGUUUGUUUCUCAGAAGAAGCCAUUAAUAUUCUUUGCCUGCUGUCUUUUCUCCACUCUGAUCUUGCUUUUAACUAUUAUUGUUUUUCACAAAAGAAAAAGAAGAAAACGUUUUAAGGCAAAGAGAAUCCAGCGCAUCUGUGUGUCACUUUAAUAAGGGGGCACAAGCCCACUUUCAACAGCAUUCAUGACUGUGCAUUCUACAGAGGACCAUGUAGAAUGGGCAACUGUAGAAAAGCACUGUGAGUCACUCCAGUUAUACACACCGAACACCUCAGUUGAAAACAGAAGGUAACUGUAUGCACAGGAAAACAAGCUAUGAUACCUGCUUCUGGUGAAAUCACUUUUCCCCACUUUCUGUACAUAUAAAGAAAACGUUAUGCCUUUCCUGUGCCUUGGAAUAACCUUACAAACUGUGUGACUUGAAAAGAGAUAUUACUCUGUGAGAACUGAUAUGCACUUUUAUACAAACUUCUUUGAACCAGAACUUCCUGUGAUGUAUAUUCAUGCCAUGAAUGAUGUUAAAUAUGAAGAUGCAAUUGGUAGUUUAUAAAUAAAAGUGUUAGCAAACACCAAAUGGGUAAGUGCAAUCACUAUCUGUAACUUCACACUUUUGGAGCAACAAUCUAAGCAUUCUGUCACUUCCAGCUGCCCCUAAACAUUGAAAAUAGCAUCAAACAAAAGGUAAGUGAUGCAAUUUCUUUAUCUAUUGUUAUACAAGCAUGCAGAACCUCAAUAAUAAGACCUAAGACAUGUUUAUCUCCAUCUUGUAGAAAUAGUGCUACCUAGAGAGAAGCAUCCUUACCCAUCCAAGGCAGUCACCACUUCCAGCUGUUAGAGUCAAAGUCCAUACACCCACACAGAACUACCAGGGUACAAAAGUACACUGAAAUUGAAUAAUUAAGGCAACUAAAUAUUGUGGAUCCUUAUGCACAGCCAACUAGGAACUUUGUAUAUAUCCUCAAACUAGUACGCGUACAACCAACUGAACCCCCAUCACCCAACCUUAAAUCUCAGUUCAUAAAUGCAUGACUACUCCUCCAAUCUAUUUCAAAUACUGGCCAACAUCACAGGAAGUCGAUUUAUUCAAAAGGCAAGUAGCAGUAAAACCAUGAUUCUUUUGAACAUGAAAACACUCUGCCAGAACAGCAAAUAGCAGGAGUAUUAGAGAUGCACAUGUCCAUUACCUGGACAAAAAUCUUCUGGAGCCCAUGCGGACACUUCCAUGUGCAACCCACUCUGGGGAAUUGCUUUAGCAGAGGGUUGGACUGGAUGACCUCCACAGGCCCCUUUCAACCCCUACAAUUCCAUACUCACUGUGUAAGCCAAAAGAGAAUUCUGAAGACUGACUUAAUGGAACACCUUGAACACCUUCAAAUUUCAUACCUAUAAAGUUCAGCUCAGUGGUACAGCACUCCUACAUGAACUGACAGCAGAAUCACUCAGUUGCUUUAGGUACUUUCCCUUUGCAUGCAGAGAUGUUUCCCUUGUUAUUAAGCUUUAGCCACUUUAUACCAGUAUUUCAUGCAAUUCUUUUCAAAACUGAUUAUAAAAGUUACAAUGUAGAUUUUAGCGUAGCAUAGAAACAGCACAAAAGUCACAAAAAGACUUGGUACCUUAAAAGAGAAAACAAGAAAAAAAGUGUAAUCCACAGAUGACACAAAUCACACACUGAAACUCCACUGUAUCUGAAUUCUGAUGUAUUUCAGUUUUCUUAAUUCAGUGUUGCUCAAGGCACAGAAGCCAUGUAUUCAGACUUACUCUAACCCUGCAUCCAGGUUAAAAAGUCUUGUAAAUUGGCUUUAAACAAUGCCAGAUUGUUUUCAACAUAUUUCAGAUCUGGAAUUUCCCUCCAGAAUCUGUACGUGGUCAUCUGCUUUUGUAAUCACUGGUUUGAGGUUUUGAAUAGUAAGAAAAAACACUAAUUUCCUUUCUUUGAAAACAAUGCUUUUGCUAUUUUUUAAUAGCAAAAAAGAUUUACGAUUUAAAACUACCACUCUGGGGCUUUAUGUGGCAUGAGGAUUCCAAUCCAUCAGACUUCUGUUGAUCUGAAUGUUCAGAGAGAAGUAACACUGCACAAGACUACAAACAUACAGAGCACUAAGCUAUUUACCAUGACUGUGUGACAAUGUGCUUCUCCAGAUGAUGAAGACCUUGAAUAGGUCCACAUUAUUAUAAUUUAGAUCUUAAAAAAAAACAGACCA